AUGUAUGCGUACGUUGAUCAGAUGGAUUUUGCGGGCCGUGAGUUCGUUGCCGCUCUCCGACAAUUUCUAGAUGGGUUCCGGCUUCCCGGUGAAGCGCAAAAAAUUGAUCGUUUGAUGGAGAAAUUCGCAUCGCGCUACUGUGAAUGUAAUCCAAAUCUCGGUCUUUUCGCUUCUGCCGAUACUGCUUAUGUGCUGGCUUAUUCGAUCAUUAUGCUAACAACCGACUUGCACAGUCCGCAGGUUCGAAAUAAGAUGACAAAAGAGCAGUAUAUUGCAAUGAACAGAGGAAUAAACGACCAAUCGGAUUUGCCGCGGGAUUAUCUGUCCGACAUUUAUGAUGAAAUUGCUGGCCAUGAGAUUAAGAUGAAGCCAGGCCUCAACAAACUCCCAAAACAAAAUGCGCAAGCGACAUCAGAGCGACAGCGUAAACUUUUGCAAGAUGUGGAAUUGGCAGCGAUGGCACAAACAGCACGAGCCCUUAUGGAAGCAGCUUCACAUUAUGAAGCUGCCUUCACCUCCGCCUCGCACUACGAACACAUUGCUUGGACACCUUGUCUGGCAGCAUUCAGUAUUGGCCUGCAAACAUCGGAAGAUGAGCACAUCAUAUCGUGGUGCUUGCAAGGAUUUCGACUUGGAAUACGAAUUGCUUGCAUAUUUCGUCUGGCCUUGGAGCGGAACGCUUACAUACAAGCACUGGCGAGGUUUACCCUGCUAACUGCGAAAAAUUCAAUGGCUGAAAUGAAAUCAAAAAAUAUCGAAUCGAUAAAGUUGCUGUUGACGAUUGGAGAAGAAGAUGGAAAUUGUUUGGAUGAAUCAUGGAUUGAUGUACUGAAGUGUAUCUCGCAGCUGGAACUUGCACAACUUAUUGGUACUGGUGUGAAAGCUCCCAAUUCUCCCGGUGUUAACAGCUCUUCUGCACAAUAUGUGCUGAAGAGCGCGACCAACGUAGAUGAAAGGAUGCUGUAUAGUUUGCAAGAAUGUUUGGGCGAAACAACUUCACAGAGUGUUGUUGUUGCUAUCGAUAGGAUUUUUCAAGGAUCUUCAAGACUGGAUGGGGAUGCCGUGGUGCAUUUCGUUCGUGCACUUUGCGAAGUUUCUAAGGAGGAGCUGUCAACACUUGGCAAUCCGCGGAUGUUCAUGCUACAAAAAAUUGUCGAAAUUUCGUUUUACAAUAUGAAUCGCAUUCGUUUGCAGUGGUCCAGAAUAUGGGCAAUAUUAGGCGAGCAUUUUAACAAGGUUUUUUUUCGUUUCGGUACUUCGUUUCGGUACUUUAAUUUCGGUAUUUUAAAUACUUUAAUUUCGUUAAACUAUUUCGUUUCGGCACUUUAA